CGGAAAAAACAAUCAGCUGAAGUGGCCGAUGCGGAGGCUCCUUCCGCAGAUGGAGCCACUCGCCCGAGAAGAAUCCGGCAGCUCUCUCGUGAUCUCAGUUGCCCCUCAACACCGGGUUCGCACAAUUAUGGGUCAUUCGAGGGUUCAAAUUUGGCAAAAACAACCGAGGUCACGGCGCAGCUUUCAGACAGACUUUUAGGUCAAUUACAAGCAUCUACGACAGCAUCAGAGAGCACAGUAACUGCCGAAAUGGUACGUAUAAAAACUCAGCCUGCUGCUGAAGGGGCUGCUGAACAUGGCGAAUAUGCACCAGAGCGACUACUGGUACCGACAGGGUCGAAUCCGGGACGACAUUUGAAGCAAGCUGGACAAACUGGUCAGUCCUAUCAUCUGCGUUCUAUGAGGCACAAAUCCUUCAUAACUACUGUUCCCAGCAGCCUCUCACCGGAGCGGAUUCGGCAAGCUAGCAAACUGGCCGAGGAGGCUAUCAAGGUGAGCAAAGUGGCCGCUUGA